AAGAGUUUGAUAGAUCUGCGUCUCCUAAUCAAAGGUUCCAAACCCUUCUCUCCCAAAUCCAGUACCCUUUUCUCUGUUUAAGUUUCUGUAGACUGCAAUUGCAACUAUUAGAUAGAUUUUCAGAUAGGAAAAAACGACGAAAACAAUAAUUCUUUUCUUUUAUAUUUAUACAGAUUUAUUCAGUAAAUCAUCCAACUGGGGAGAAGGGUUUAUUAACUUAUAUAUACACAUCUAGAUUCAUAUAUACUGAAUCUUUUUAGCAAGAGAUUGCAAGAAGAAAGGGGAGAGAAGAUGUCGAAGAAGAAAGCAACGAUGACUCUCAAAGACUUCCAUGGUGGUUCAAUUCCUUCGGAUCUUCGUCUCCCCUCUGCACCUGGCGUAAUGGCAAGACCUGCAGAUCGUGGUAGUUUUGAUCAGCAGUCGCCAUGGGGAAAUUCAAUGGGAAGGUCCAAUCAACGCUUGCGGCCGGCAUCUGCUGGGUCAGCUCGGAACUUCGAUGAAAAUACCCCAUUUUUAAGUCAUAGCGCUCGCAUUGGCCGCAAUUUCGACGAGGAUGAGCGCAAGCCUUUGGAUGGGAUAUCAGGUCCUCGUCGAACUGUCAGUGAUGAGAGCGUUCAUGCUCUGCCAAGUCGCGUGGUAGAAACUAAGACGGGUAAUUUGGCGGGUGCUAGAGUUGGUAGUCAGCUAUCUUCAACUCCUCCGUCUCAUUCUAGUGGUCCAGUGGGUAGUUCAUAUGCUGGAAGGGUUAGUGAAGUCCAUAAGGUGGGGUUGAAUAACCAAAAUUUGAGUGGCAGUGCUGGGGUGAAUUAUCAGAAUGUGGGUGUCAACUCCAGGUCAGGGGUUGCUGGGUCCAAUUUGAAUCCAUGGGGUGUUAAGAAGGAAGUGGCAUGUGAAAGGGAGCCUGUUUCUGCUACAUGGUCAGCUCCAGAUGCUGCAGUAAAGCUGGCCCAUGCGAGUGCCAUUGAGAAAGUCUCAUCUGGUCGGUGGCACUCGCAACAUGUUCAUCCUCAAAAAGAUAUUGAGGCCAUUGGACACUCAGAACCUGAGAGAGAAUUUCAUCAUCGGGGCAAAGACAUGUACAACAGGAAUAUUAACAAUGGGAUAGAUGUUUUAGGUCGAACUGACUAUCAUGAUGUUGCACUGGCGAUGCAUAUGGAAAGGAGUCUGAUUGCUGAUGAUGGGAUUUGCAAUGGUGGAAAGGAGACUGUGUCUCAUGAUAGAGUCAGGUCUACCAUGUACAUGGAGACACAUGAUUGGAAACCCUCCAUUGAUCACAGGGAAUUUCUGCCACAUAGCAUUUCUGGAGUAUCUGGUGAGACUGAUUUACAGUCUCCAGGGACUUUAGAAACAUCGGAGCGACCCAAAUUGAAAUUACUUCCAAGAUCCGAACCGAUAGAGAAUUUAGAGCUUGCAUUCGAUUAUAAGCAGGGGCACCAGCAGCCGAUUGAUCCGGUUCAUGUGAUGGACGAGAAUGAAUUACACAGAACUGUAAAUCCCGUAGAACCCGAGUUUGCUAGAUCGAUGGUUGUUAAUCAAGCGGUAGAGCGCCCAAAGUUGAAUUUGAAGCCACGCUCACGACCUGUUGAACAAAUGGAGGGAAACACUGAAAUCAAAAGAAACACUCUGUUCGCAGGGGCUCGUCCACGAGAAUUGGUUCUGAAGGAUAGGGGACUUGAUGCUGUUACCCAUUAUGACAGCCAACCACCUCCUAGGAUCAAGCAAGACGCUCUCAAGAUUGAUCAAGUAUCCGUGCAAGUUACUGCUGCUGGUUACGGUGAAAAAGCUAAAAAUGUUCUGGGUGAUCUCGGAGUAGCAAAGAGUACUGAUAGGCGAGAUCAAAGGACGGACAUUGAAAGAACAGAUGAACAGAGAAGGAACAAAGGGAAUGAAAAUUGGAGGAAUUACAGAGAGGUUGAGAAACACAAUGACCUGCGGCCUCAGCAACGGGAGAGGCCACUGUCACCUGACACCUGGCGCAAGCCUGUCGAAAAUCCAAAACCGGACUCUGCGCCUGCCCUGGGGCAGCGUUAUGGGAAAGUGGCUUCUGCUCUUGAGCUUGCACAGGCCUUCUCCAGACCAGUUUCUGAUCCGACAGUUGCUGAUCGUCUUUCUGGUUCAAAAGGCAUUUCCAGCAGGAGUCAGAUACCUUUUUCUCGGUUAACAACAGGUCGAGGCCCCAGGCCUCAGAUAAAUGGUUACUGAAUUAUUAAGAUAACCUAUAUUUGAGACGAGAGAAACUUUCUCCCCUCGCAAAUGCCUGGAAGUGCAAUAUGCACGAAAGAUGUUGCAUUUGUACCCAAAUCCCGGACUGUGGGUAAUUUUCUCUCAUUCAAUUAUAAUCGAUAAUGGAUGCCAUUGUUACUAGCUACCGGCAAACUGCAAUAGGCAAUAACAGAAGAAAAUAACACAAUGAUUCUUCAUGUUGACAAUAAUCACAUACAUGUAUUUACUAUUGGAGUUCAUCAAGCAUAAUUUGGGAUUUA